AUGCCCAUGACAACUCGUGCUUUCGGGGGCGAGAACAAUGAGUACGGGGAAAAGUCCGGCUUUGGAGGCCCAGAUGAUCUUGCUUCGGUAUCCAAUGCUGAAGGACGCGACCUUUUGGCUGGACAGGAUAUCGAUCCCGUGCUUACUGCAAAGAUGCGUAUUAUCAAUGAUGUGAGACGACUUCUACAAUCUCAGAAGCCUCGUGCCCAAGGAAAUAUGACUGAUGAAGCUAAGGCUAUCGAUGAGAUUGGCUGGACUCCAUAUCAUUGGAGACUAUUUGUCUUGAAUGGCUUCGGAUACGCCGUCGACUCCCAGCUUCUCCUCCUCCAAAGCAUCAUCGCAACCCAAGCCAGCUAUGAGUUCAGCCCAUCUUACCCCCGCGCCCUCACUGUUGCUGCCAACUUCGGUAUGCUCGUCGGAGCUCUCUUCUGGGGCCUGGGUGCGGACAUGGUUGGCCGUCGCCUCGCUUUCAAUCUAUCCCUCUUCAUUUGCUCCAUCUCUACAAUCGCCGCCGGUGCAGCGCCAAACUGGAUUGCUCUGGCGUCAAUGGUUGCAAUGGUGGGAUUUGGAGGUGGUGGAAAUCUAACCAUGGACAUGACUGUCUUGGUUGAGUAUUUGCCAUCGAACAAGCAAUGGGUUCUCGCUUGGUUGGCAUCUUGGUGGGGUCUUGGCCAAGCAUUUGCUGGCUUCAUUGCCUGGGGGUUUCUACCGCGCAAAAAAUGGAACUGUCGAAAUCCAUUCGACGACAACGACAUCAGAGCCUCUACCUGCCACAAAUACGACAACGUCGGCUGGCGAUAUUUCAUGUAUACAUCUGGUGCCAUGGUCUUCAUCAUGAGCAUUGCUCGCGUGACCGUCAUCCGCCUUCAAGAAACACCCAAGUACCUUCUCAGCGAAGGAAAGGAUGCCCAACUCGUCGCCGACUUCCAAAUCAUGGCCAUCAAGUACAACCGUUCCUGCUCUAUCACAUUCGAUAUGCUCGAUGCGUGCGGGGCCAUCAACUCUAUACGUGGCCCGUCCAAGUCUUCGAUCCCGGGACUUUCGGUGCAUUUUCGAGGUUUGUUCGCUACACACACGCUUGCAUUGUCGACGUCUCUGAUUUGGCUGAGCUGGACCUUGACUGGUCUCGCGUAUCCGCUAUUUUAUCUAUCUUUGAAUAGUUACCUUGCGUCGAGGGGUGCGGAUUUCGGAGUUGCGAGUGAUUUUGAGAAAUGGAGGAAUUAUGCUUUGGUAAACAUUUCGAGCAUCCCCGGCCCGAUGCUCGCUGGCUAUAUGUGUAACCGUCGUCUCCUCGGCCGCAAAUACACCAUGGUUAUCGGCGCCCUCACGACCACGGCGUUCUUCUUUGCUUUCCCCCAAGUUCGGACCCAGGCUCAAAAGGUGGGCUUCAGCUGUGCCAUGGGUUUCACGUAUAGUGUAUUUUAUGGCACAUUGUAUGCGUAUACUGCUGAGGUUUUGCCGAGUGCGCAUCGCGGGACGGGUCAUGGGGUUGCGGUCGCUUGCAACCGGGCCAUGGGAAUUUUGAGCGCGGUCAUGGCUACACAUGCUGAUAUCACUACUUCGGUCCCGAUAUAUGUUUGUGCGGCGCUGUAUAUCGCCAUGGCUGCUGUGGCUAUUGCGUUUCCGCUCGAGCCGUAUGGGAAGCGGAGUUCGUAA